UAGCGAGUGGAAAAUCCACACUUGUAGAAUUUAAAUGUCAUUACAAGGCCCGAUAGAGCAUUGAGCCAAGUCCUCUUCUUUCUCCCGCGUCUAAAACCGUUGUUCUGAGAUUUAACAGUUUAGGGUUUAAGGUUUUUUUUUCUUAAUGUUUCAAGCUUGAAUCAGAAAGGAAAAAAGAACGAUGGAAGUGAAGAAAAGAAGUACCCCAAUUCUUCCAUGGAUGCGAAGCCCAGUUGACGUGAAUCAGUUUGAAGCUUGUGCUCUCAAUCUUGUCCCUUGUCUUGACCCCAGGUUGGAGGUGGCUUUAGACAAAAUGGGCUUCUCUUCACUCUUCCCAGUGCAAGUUGCUGUUUGGCAAGAGACAAUAGGGCCUGGGGCUUUCGAGCGAGAUCUCUGCAUAAAUUCACCAACAGGAAGUGGGAAGACUUUAGCGUACGCUUUGCCGAUCGUACAGAAGCUGUCUACUCGUUCUGUUAAAUGUCUACGGGCUUUGGUGGUCUUGCCUACACGCGACUUGGCCUUGCAGGUUAAGGAAGUUUUUGCAGCCAUUGCACCUGCAGUAGGUUUAUCUGUUGGUUUAGCGGUGGGUCAAUCUUCGAUUGCUGAUGAAAUAUCAGAGCUUAUAAAGAGACCUAAGCUUGAGGCAGGCAUAUGUUAUGACCCAGAAGAUGUAACAUGUGAAUUGCAAAGUUCAGUUGAUAUAUUAGUGGCAACCCCAGGGAGGCUUAUGGACCAUAUUAACUCUACAAAGGGAUUUACACUGGAGCAUCUCUGUUACCUUGUAGUUGAUGAAACAGAUCGACUGCUCAGAGAAGCAUAUCAGUCUUGGCUACCAACUGUACUUCAAUUUACUCAAUCUAAUGAAGAAAGCCUCUUUCCUCUUGCUAAUUCUUUUCUUUCAUCUACCUUUGGUUCCUUAAAAACCAUAAGGAGAUGUGGUGUGGAAAGGGGGUUCAAGGGUAAACCUCACCCUAGGCUUGUGAAGAUGGUUUUAUCUGCCACCUUAACCCAAGAUCCAAGCAAGCUUGCUCAGCUUAAUCUUCAUCACCCUUUGCUGAUGACAACAGGGAAAAGACGUUACCAGCUUCCUGAAAAAUUGGAAUCAUACAAACUCAUUUGUGAAUCGAACCUGAGGCCACUGUAUUUGGUUGCCCUUCUACAAGAAUUAGGAGAAGAGAAGUGUAUUGUUUUCACCUCAUCCACUGAGUCAACUCACCGCCUUUGUAUGUUGCUGAACCUUUUUGGUGAUUUAGGUAUAAAAAUAAAGGAGUAUUCAGGCCUUCAACAUCAGUCUCGAAGAAGCAAGACGUUGAAAUCAUUUCGAGAAGGAAAGGUGCAAGUACUUGUAUCCUCUGAUGCAAUGACUCGUGGAAUGGAUGUUCAAGGGGUGAGAAAUGUCAUUAAUUAUGACAUUCCUGCAUAUAUAAAGACCUAUAUUCAUCGAGCUGGUCGAACUGCUAGAGCAGGUCAAGCUGGGCGUUGCUUCACAUUGCUACAUAAAUACGAGGUGAAACGUUUCAAGAAGAUGUUGCAGAAAGCAGACAAUGAGUCGGUUCCUCAUUAUUCUGUUCCUUCUAGUUCAAUUGAGUCAUUGCGUGCUGCUUAUAACUCUGCCCUAGGAAAACUGAAAGAGACGGUUGAAUCAGAAGCGUCUCGCAAGAGAAAAUUUGGUUCCAAGUUUUCGAAAUUGAGCAGGACCAAGCCAACAGACCGUCGGAAGGGAUGAUCUAUUGUAACACAGGCAAAAAAAUCCCUGUCUUGAUAUGAAGACACAAAUAUAAUACUCUCAUGCUUGGGUGCAUAGAGGUGACGACCAAGUGGGUUGGAGCAGUUCAGAAGGUUGUUCACGGAUUUGGAUUAUUUUAAGCUUGGAUUGCCGCGCUUAGAAUUUUUUGGAUUUGGAUCUUUUUAGUUUUGGUUUUUUUUCUGAGAUUCAGAUUAUUUUUAAUUCGGAUCAAUUUAGGUCGGUUGCGCAUAAUCUGAUACAAAUAAUUUUGAAGUUUCAUAUCCAUAAAUAUUUUUUUUAUUUCAAUUGUAAUAAUUAAUUAUAUGUUUAUAUAAUGAUAAUACAAUUCAAAUUGUUUUGAAAA